AUGGUCCUUCCUCACGAACCUGAAUUCCAACAAGCUUACAACGAACUCGUUUCUGCUCUUGAAGAUUCUACUCUUUUCCAACAAAACCCUGAAUACAAGAAGGUUAUUCCAGUUGUUUCCAUCCCAGAACGUAUCAUUCAAUUCCGUGUCUCUUGGGAAAAUGACAAGGGUGACAUUGAAGUGAACAAUGGUUUCAGAGUUCAAUUCAACUCUGCUCUUGGUCCAUACAAGGGUGGUCUUCGUUUCCACCCAAGUGUCAAUCUUUCCAUUCUUAAGUUUUUGGGUUUCGAACAAAUCUUUAAGAAUGCUUUGACUGGUCUUUCCAUGGGAGGUGGAAAGGGUGGUUGUGACUUCAACCCAAAGGGUCGUUCUGACGCUGAAAUCAGACGUUUCUGUACCGCUUUCAUGAGACAAUUGGCUCGUUACAUCGGUCAAGACACUGACGUCCCAGCUGGUGACAUUGGUGUUGGUGGUAGAGAAAUCGGUUUCUUGUUUGGUGCUUACAAGCAAAUGCAAAACAACUGGUCUGGUAUUUUGACUGGUAAGGGUUUGACUUGGGGUGGUUCUUUGAUCCGUCCAGAAGCCACUGGUUACGGUCUUGUUUACUACGUCGAAAAGAUGAUUGAAAAGGCCACUGAAGGUAAGGAAACCUUCAAGGGUAAGAGAGUUGCCAUUUCUGGUUCCGGUAAUGUUGCUCAAUACGCCGCUUUGAAGGUUAUUGAAUUGGGUGGUACCGUUGUCUCUCUUUCUGACUCCAAGGGUGCUAUUAUCUCUGAAAAGGGUAUUUCCCCAGAACAAAUUGCCGACAUUGCUUCUGCUAAGCUCAAGCACAAGUCUUUGUACGACAUUACCAAGGAAGCUUCUGUUUUCUCUGGUGCUAACUCCGUUGAAUACAUUGACGGUGCUCGUCCAUGGGUCCACGUUGGCCAAGUUGACGUUGCCUUGCCAUCUGCCACUCAAAACGAAGUUUCUGGUGAAGAAGCUGAAACUUUGAUCCAAAACGGUUGUAAGUUUAUCGCUGAAGGUUCUAACAUGGGUUCCACCAAGGAAGCCAUCGACGUAUUCGAAGCCCUGAGAUCCAAGGACGUCUGGUACGCUCCUGGUAAGGCUUCCAACUGUGGUGGUGUUGCCGUCUCUGGUUUGGAAAUGGCCCAAAACUCUUCUAGAGUCCAAUGGACUUCUGAAGAAGUUGACUCCAAGUUGAAGAACAUCAUGUACUCUUGUUUCGACAACUGUUACGAAACUGCCGUCAAGUACUCUGUCCAAAAGGACGCUGAAGGUUUGCCAUCCUUGUUGAAGGGUGCUAACAUUGCUGGUUUCAUCAAGGUUGCUGAUGCCAUGUUCGACCACGGUGACGUUUUCUAA